AUGGCAGAUUCAAACAACGCCGAGGACUUGUCUGCUCCUCAGCAGGACGCUUUGCAGCAGUACAUUGCUGUCACCAACCAGGAACCCAAGGAUGCCAUCCCCCUACUCCGCCGGUCUCAAUGGAACGUCCAGAUUGCCGUAGCCAAGUUCUUUGAUGGCGAAGGCCCCGACCCUGUUGCCGAAGCGCUAGCCGCUCAAGACAUCCCCCGCGAAGCCGCACGUCACGAGAAUCUGCAAGAAAGCCUAUGGGCUGCUGAAGCAGCACCCUCGCGUGCCCGCCGACCGGGUGCGCAGACCGACGCAGCGCCUCGCAUCGUGCCACAGCAACCUGUCACCGGGCGGUCGCCAUGGCUGGUAGGCCUGCUGCUUACGCCACUGAGCUGGAGCUGGACGGCCGCCUCGUCGCUAUUCCGCACCUUUGUCUACAUCCUAUCCUUUCUGCCGGCACCGUUGCGUCCGCGCGCACUGACGAGUGGGCCGGCAGGGCUGAAGAGCAACAGCGGUCGGCGCAUGCUGAUGCCGCGCGACACGGCAGCGCGCUUCAAGAGGGAGUUUGACGAGGAAUACAGCGCAAACGAGCUGCCCUUCUACGAGGGUGGCUUCGCGCAGGCCCAUGAUCAGGCCAAGAAAGAUCUCAAGUUCCUGUUGACGGUCAUUCUCUCGCCUGAGCAUGACGACACCGAGUCCUUUGUCAAGGAGACGCUCCUAGACCCUCAGGUGGUACAGUUUGUCAACGACCCCACCAACAACAUCAUACUCUGGGGCGGCAAUGUCCUGGACUCGGAGGCCUAUCAGGUCUCGACCGAGUACAAGUGCACCAAGUUCCCCUUUUCGGCUCUCAUCUGCCUGACGCCCAAGGAGGGAAGCACGAGGAUGGGGGUUAUCAAGCGACUAGUCGGACCGACGCCAGCGGCGACCUACGUGUCUGAGAUGCAAGCUGCGAUGGAGAAGUAUGGCGGCGACUUGGCCAACGUGCGCGCAGAGAGGACUGCUCAGGAAGUGACUAGAAGCCUCCGUACCGAGCAGGACUCUGCCUAUGAGCGCUCGCUGGCCAUCGACCGCGAGCGCGCCCGUCAGAAGAAGGAGGCGGCCGAGGCCGCAGCCGCAGCCGAGGAGCGUGCGGAACGAGAAGCCGCGCAGGCAGCUAUCCUGGAACAGAAGCGAGCACAGUGGCGGACAUGGCGUGCCACGAAACUCCACCCGGAGCCACCGUCAUCUGACAAGAGCGUAGUGCGCGUAGCACUGAUGAUGCCCGAGGAGACGGGGGCUGGUCGUAUCACGCGACGCUUUGCGCAGGAUGCGGCUAUGGAGGAACUGUAUGCCUUUGUCGAGUGCUACGGGGUGACGACGGAUGGCGGCGAGGAUUACGAAAAGCCUGACGGGUACGAACACGAAUACUCGUUUAGGAUUGCGUCGACGCUACCACGAGAAGUCUACGAGCCCAGCCAAACAGCCACCAUGGGGGAGAGGAUAGGGCGGUCGGGGAAUCUGAUUGUCGAGCAAAUCGUGGCAGACUCGGACUCGGAGUCAGAGGACGGCUCGGAAGAAGAUGCUUGA